AUGCACAACCACCUCCCCCGCAUCACCAUCAAAUACUGCACUCAAUGUAAAUGGUUACUGCGCGCUGCAUAUUUCGCCCAAGAACUCCUCUCCACAUUCAGCACCCAACUCGGCGAAGUAGCUCUCGUUCCUGCGACGGGGGGUGUGUUUACUGUUACGAUGUAUCAUUCUUCUUCUACUACAUCCACCUCUGGUUCUUCUGCGGGUACAGCACAAGGUGAAGAGGUACCAGUACCAGUAGUAGUAGCAGGUACUGGGAAUGGGAAUGAGGAGGAGGAUGAUGAUGUCACUGAGAUAAUUCUCUGGGAUAGGAAGACGAAUGGGGGGUUUCCUGAAGUCAAAGUGUUGAAAAGUCUGGUGAGAAAUGUCGUCGAUCCCAGUAGGGAUUUGGGACAUACGGAUCGGGCCUUGAGGGCUGCGAAUGUGCCGGUGCAGAGUCAGGAAGGGGGUGAGAUGAAGGUUGUGGGGAAGAGUGAGGAGCAGGGUUCUACUACUGCUACUACUACGAAAGAAGGUGACAAGUGUGAGGAGUGUCAGUGA